GCUCGAGAAGACGUUGCUGCUUUGUCUGAGGUUUACAGAAAAGAGCAGUUGCACAUCGAGAAAAAGCUGCAGAUGUCCAAAGGCAGCGCGUCCCCUUUUGAGCCACAGAUCGGACCAGAAAACGGCAGCUUCGAUCAAGGGCAGACUCGUGGAGAUCGCAUUGCUUAUGAGUGGGUUCUUGGGACUCAGUUUUUAGAAUAGAAAUAUCCCUACUUUCGGGGAAUGAAUUCUAACUCCAUAAUCCACGAUUUACAGUCUCUUCGUCCAUUAAACAUCGUUCACAUAGACUUCCUUGAUGUUCUAACCCAAGGUGACGCACAGAAAAGUGACAAUCAAUGUUGACGAGCACAUCACGCCAACGAACCAUCUUGCCAGCGUCAUCUAUCCAAGAGGAAGCGG